AUGGAACUUGUAAACGGCGGACCUGUGAAUUACUGUAUCCGACGCGAUCGCGCACUUUCGCCCUCUGCUUCCCUUCUUCCCCUCCCUCCAAGCCCUCUAUCUUGCACUCAUCGCCGCCCCCUUUCUUUUACUCUGCCCCCACCGACUACUGCGCAUUUGCUUUCAGCCCGACGCACUGCCCCUUUCGUUUUCACCGGAGAUGCCGCUCGACCCGACACCCAGCUUGCAAUGCCUGUCACCCAGGACCGUAACCCCUGGGAUGAUACGGCAUCCUGUUCUUUCGUAUCGAUAAUCCUACUCCUUCCCUAA